AUGGCCAAACAACAGAGCUUUUCUUCACUUGUUGUAAUUCUCAUCGUUCUUUUUAUUUCAUCUUUAGCAAAUGCAGCACAAUACAAUGUCCUAAAUUAUGGUGCCAGGCCUGAUGGCAGAAUUGAUUCCACCAAAGCCUUUCUUGCUGCUUGGGCACAAGCUUGUGGAUCAAUUAAGCCAGCCACCGUGUAUGUACCUGCAGGGAGGUUCCUUCUGCGAAAUGUAGUUUUUCAGGGUCCAUGCAAUAAUAAUGCAAUCUUAUUUCGUGUAGUUGGUACCCUUGUGGCUCCGUCUAAUUAUCAAGUGAUUGGUAAUGCCGGGCACUGGCUUUUGUUUUGGCUCGUUAAUGGUGUUACGGUUGACGGUGGAGUUCUUGAUGCACAAGGUCCCGCUUUAUGGGCUUGCAAGGCCUUUGGCAGGAAUUGCCCCAGCGGCGCCACGUCACUGGCGUUUUCCAAUUCCAAUAAUAUAGCAAUCGAAGGAUUAGUUUCACUGAACAGCCAAAUGUUCCACAUUGUCAUCAAUGGCUGCCACAAUGUGAAACUGCAUGGUGUGACGGUGUCUGCUUCUGGUCACAGCCCCAACACCGAUGGCAUUCAUGUACAAUUAUCAAGUGGUGUCACAAUCCUCGACUCCAGGAUUAGAACCGGUGACGAUUGCAUCUCAAUAGGUGCUGGUACCACUAACUUGUGGAUUGAAAGAGUAGCAUGUGGCCCUGGUCAUGGAAUCAGCAUUGGGAGUUUGGGAAGCGAUCUGCAGGAGCCCGGAGUACAGGAUGUGACAGUUAGAUCUGUUAGAUUUACAGGUACGCAGAAUGGAUUGAGGAUUAAGACUUGGGGAAAGCCCAGCAAUGGCUUCGUGAGGAACAUACGUUUCCAAAAUGCUAUUAUGAUCAAUGUCCAGAAUCCCAUUGUCAUCGAUCAAAAUUACUGUCCUUACAACCAAAACUGUCCUGGUCAGCAAUCUGGUGUUAAAAUUAGCAAUAUUAUGUAUAAAGGCAUCCGUGGAACAUCAGCAACACAACUGGCAGUGAAGUUUGAUUGCAGUAUGAAGAACCCAUGCACUGGGAUCCAUCUGGAAGAUGUGAACCUGACUUACAUGAAUCAGCAAGCUUAUGCAUUAUGCAACAAUGCCGAUGGAAUAGCCAUUGGUCUCGUUCAGCCUAGAAGCUGUCUGUAG